AUGAUGGACAGCAGGAUACUGGAUCCACCUCACGCCCAGUUCGGAGGCUCUCUCGGCGGGAUGGUGGGCUUCCCGUACCAUCUGAGCCACCAUCACGUUUACGAAUUAGCCGGGCAUCAACUUCAAUCUGCGUCCGCGGUUCCUUUCUCAAUAGACGGAUUACUCAAUGGUUCCUGCACGGCUUCAGUGGGUAAUUCCAACCCCCUCUUGUCUUCGGGCUGCGGGAUGAAUGGAGAUAAUCAGCAGUACAAACUGACAGACUCGGUGGACCCAGACAAAGAUAGCCCUGGUUGCAAGAGACGAAGAACUCGCACAAAUUUCACUGGUUGGCAGCUGGAGGAAUUAGAAAAGGCUUUUAAUGAGAGCCACUAUCCCGACGUGUUCAUGAGGGAGGCACUGGCUCUCCGAUUGGACUUGAUAGAAUCAAGGGUUCAGGUAUGGUUUCAGAAUCGCAGAGCCAAGUGGAGGAAAAAGGAGAACACAAAGAAAGGUCCAGGUCGACCUGCUCACAACGCCCACCCCACCACCUGCAGCGGAGAGCCCAUGGACCCGGAGGAGAUCGCCCGGAGAGAGCUGGACAGGCUGGAGAAGAAGAAGCGGAAGCAGGAGCGGCGGCUGCUCAAGUCCCAGAACAAGCUCAUGUCUGGGGAUUUAUUUCACACCCCGGGAUCAGACAGCGACAGCGGAGUGUCGCAUGUCACCGACAGUGACCACACCACAGGCCCGCCUUUUGACUCUGUCGGGGGAAGCCAAACGCCGUCGAGCUGCGACCAAACACCUCACCCUCUCCAAACCCAAAACCAGAACCAAAGACACUUGGACCUGGAUGCUGGCGGAUCCGAGCUGGACUCGCCCGACGCCAGCCACCGGUCAAGCCUGUGCUCCAACAAUAACAGAGCCUCCAGCCUGCAGAAACUCAACCCUUUCAGCGUCGAAAGCCUCCUUUCGGACUCCAGACCGAGACGCAACCCCGCGGCCUUACCGUCCUCACGGCCUUUGAUAGGGAAAGGACACUUCCUGCUCUAUCCCAUCACACAGCCGCUUGGAUUCAUUGUUCCUCAAACUGCUCUGAAGACAACAGCAGCAGCAGCAGCAGCAGCAGCAUCAAACUCUUACAGUGACACACCGGCGGAGAGAAACCAGCUCAGUGGCCGCUGCAGCGUCUCUGCGAGCUCUGCGGGAUGUAGGAGCAGCUCGCCGGACUCUGCAGACGCCACACAAAAAGGACAGGUGGGAUCAGAGGACAAGACCAGUUCACCGCACACCAGCCCGUCCAGGGCCGCCUUUUCCACUGGCAAAAGUACUCAGACCUCUGUUAUUUGCAGCGAUUCGACUUUCGCCCACGAACACAGUCCACAACUCAUUAAGUCUGUCGAUGCAGACAGAAAAGAGCAUUUAGAGAGCAAGGACCACCCCGACCACCCCGAGUCUGUCCUCAGUGACAGUCCAGCAGAAACAAAGACAGACUCUAAAGAAGAUGUCGACAUGGAAUAA